AGAACAACUCUGAGGUUUCCUGUCGUGGCUGGCACAACUGCAACAAACAUUUAACUGAAAAGUCACUGCAACUAGCCAAGACCACGAUCAUUCGCACCGUUCAAAGAGAGGUCUUCGCAGAAGAUAUUGGAUGCAUUGAAAAAGGCACAGCUUUAAAAAACUCAAGUCCACUCAGCAAACUGAAUCCAUUUGUUGACACGCAAGGGCUCCUUAAAGUUGGAGGCCGACUAAAGAAAGCACAGUUGUCUGCAGAAGAAACCAAUCCCAUACUCGUCCCUGGAAAGCAUCAUCUUGCUCAGCUCAUAAUAAGACACUUUCACGAAAAAUUAUGUCACCAGGGAAGGCAUUUCACGGAGGGAGCAGUCAGAGCAGGGGGCUUUUGGAUUGUGGGAGGAAAAAGAGCAGUAAGCAGUGUGAUUUUCAAGUGCAUCACAUGCCGCAAAUUAAGGGGCAGGCAACCUGAACAGAUAAUGGCUGAACUUCCUGAGGACAGGCUGUCCACGGACCCUCCUUUCACAAAUGUAGGCCUUGAUGUGUUCGGUCCCUGGUCCGUUACAGUGAGAAAAACGCGUGGUGCUAAUGCAGAUGCUAAAAGAUGGGCAGUCAUAUUCACCUGCAUGAGUACACGUGCAAUUCAUAUUGAAGUGAUUGAGUCAAUGGACACAUCGUCAUUCAUUAAUGCACUGCGUCGUUUCUUUGCCAUCCGAGGUGGUGCCAAACUCUUGAGAUCUGAUUGUGGGACAAAUUUUGUGAGUGCCUGCAAAGAGCUCCAAAUAGACAAACUAGGCUGUCACAAUGACAAAAUAGGCACAUUCUUGAAAGACAGUGCGUGCAAAUGGCAGUUUAAUCCUCCACAUGCAUCCCAUAUGGCUGGUUCCUGGGAACGCAUGAUCGGCGUCACCCGAAAAAUCCUCAAUGCAAUGCUCCUUGAACAUCCAUAUGGGAAGCUCACACAUGAAGUACUCGUAACAUUGUUAGCUGAAGUUACCGCAAUUGUAAAUGCCCGUCCGCUAACAGCCGUUUCUACAGAUCCCGAAAACCCAGUCAUUCUUACUCCUGCGAUGCUACUCACGCAAAAGGUUGGCACACCACCGAUUCCACCAGGGCAGUUUCAGACCAGUGACCUAUUCAAAGCCCAAUGGAAGCGCGUGCAGUACUUAGCUAAUGUUUUCUGGAGUCGUUGGCAGAAAGAAUACAUCGCAGGCUUGCAGGUUCGUCGCAAGUGGAAAAUAAAAAAGCCGAACCUUCAAAUGGGCGACGUUGUUUUAAUGAGGGAGUCUCUGGAACAUAGGAAUAAUUGGCCACUCGGACUGAUCACAAAAUCUUUCCCAAGUGAGGACGGUAAUGUCAGAAAAGUUGAGGUUAAGAUUUGCCGAAACGGCGAGAAUAGGUUUUACAUUCGCCCAAUUCGUGAAGUUGUGCUUUUGCUGUCUAAGGGUAGCAUGUAAAACGAGUUGUUGUUGUGUAUCGUUCAUUAGUUAAGAGCUGACAUCUUGCAGAUGUCAGGCGGGGAGUGUUAUGUCCUCUGGUCUUAUGUUGACUACUUUUUGGGUUUAAUUUCUUUCUAAGAUUGUACAUUGUUCAUCCGUCCACAGGAUGUCGCUAUUCUAACUCAGAAUCUUAAGUUUUUCUUUGGUAUUGCUGUUUGCGCUCGGCUUCCCCUAGUGGCGACUUGCUGUAAGCAGCAGGCAGAAAGAACUUUUUAUUUCAGUUGGAAAAGAGGCCUUGAGGUGUUAAGACGUUACACACCUCCUCUGCACCAUACAUCGUUGGGAACCCUUGACAAAACAAAAUCUUUUUACCACACACACACACGCACACACGUUGACACAAAGAAAUAAAUGAGAGGAAGGAGUUCGGG